UUGAAGAAAAGGAGAAGAGCCUCCUGCUCCGCUCUGAAAUGGAGGUGUGGAUACCACGCAUGCGCAGUGCGUCCACAACUCUCCAGUCCCGUCCACAGGCGCAGACAUCAACAAGAGAGCGGGUUACUGAUCCGGCUUGGUUUUCAUAAUAGUCCCAUCGCGACGACGCGGAGCUGCACUUUGACUCGGUUUGACGCGACGCGGAACAAGAUGUUUGGCUUUCACAAGCCGAAAAUGUACAGGAGUCUAGACGGCUGCUGCAUCUGCCGUGCAAAGUCUUCCAGCUCUCGUUUCACGGACAGUAAACGCUAUGAGAAGGAGUUCAGGAGCUGCUUCGGGUUGAGCGAAACUCGAUCUGGAGAAAUCUGUAAUGCCUGUGUGCUGCUGGUGAAACGAUGGAAAAAGCUUCCUGUGGGAACUAAGAAGAACUGGAACCAUGUGGUGGAUGCCAGGGGAGGUCCCAGUUUAAAAAUUACCUCCAGGCCCAAGAAAAUAAAGUCCAUCUCUAAGAAAGCUCGGCCAACUCAGAUCAGCAGGCUGCAGAAAGAGCUUAAAAGAAACAAUUCAGAUGCUCACAGCACAACCUCCAGUGCCUCUCCGGCUCAGUCUCCCAGCUACAGCAACCUGUCGGAUGACGGCUCUGACGCUGAGCUCAGCCCAGGUUCCAGCCGCUCCCCAGUUUUCUCCUUCCUGGACCUCACCUACUGGAAGAGGCAAAAAGUUUGCUGUGGAAUCAUCUACAAGGGUCGCUUUGGAGAGGUGCUCAUCGACCCGCAUUUGUUCAAGCCGUGCUGCCGCAAGAAACAGCGACAGCAGCAGCAACAGGAGGAGGAGGAGGAGGAAGAAGACGAGGAGGAGGAGGACGAGGAGGAGGUGGAGGUAGAGGAAGGCCAGGUGGGAGUUGAUGUCGAAGGGGAAAAAUCCCAGGUGGAAGAGGAAGUGAAGGAAAUUCCAGCGUGUGAGGAAAACGCAGAGCCCGCUCAGCUAUGUGUUACCAUGACAACCCCUCCAACCAGGGGCGUAGUGGUGGAGGCAGGGUGGUAAAUUCAAACCCCCCCCCCCUUCCCUUUGCACACAUCUCUGAAGAAAUCUCGGGGUGCUGUUUUUUUCCUCGAGCACUUACAGAAAGAAGUUGCCUCAGAUCGCCUUCAGUCACAAAGCAGCUGAAAAUCCUUUGGUCUUCUCCAUAAUGGUGUUGGAGAUUUGUUUAUUAUGUUUAAACUGUAAUUUAUGGACUGUUGUGUUUCCACUUUGUCUCUCUUUUUUUGUUUGUAUUUAAUAUUCUUACCAUUCUGAUUGCGGAUCAUCAUCCGUGUUGUUUUUGAUCUACUUUCGAUUGAAAUGCUGGAGCUCUUGUUCGCUGGUACAUUUAGAAUAUUUAAUUCCAAAACGCAAUAGAUCCACCUGCUAACAGAAAAGGGUGCUACUUGAAAUUCAUCACUCAACAUUUCGAACAUGCAACUGAAAUCAUUCUCAUUGUGGAUAUUUUAUAAGCUUCUCUAUGUUAUGGUGACCAAUAUGGUGGGAUUAGAUUUUCUCUAUACUCAGAGUAGAUGGCUCUUUCCUUUUAAUGGUGGAUAUCUCGUUUUGGAAUGAAUGACACUUUACACUGAUGGAGCACAGACCUGUACAGAAGCCCUUGUGUUUGUCUCUAUUCACAUCCACUCCUAUCAAAGCAUUUGUGUUUGUAAACUAGAUUAGCGUCUCUGUGUGCAAAUACGUACGUGGUCCCAUUGAAACGAGGCCUAUUCACAGCUUCAACAGCAAAUACACCAGCCUUAAUUAUGUGUUACAGACAGUGCUAGUGUUAAUUUUGGAUUGGUAUUAAGGAACAAAAAGGGACAGUAGCUAUAUUUAUCGUGGCCUGAGCAACACAUAGUGCAUUUUGCAUGAAUGGCAAGCCACUCAUCCAAAAGACCUAACGAUCUGAUGCAUGAGUCUACGAAAAAUUGCAUGGCCUUAUAUAAA